AUGAGUAGAUGUAUUGUAGCAAUAAAAAAAUCAAAUACUAAUUAUGUGGUCCCAAUCUUUUCAGAUUGUUUACUCGAAUAUUUCGGUAAAGAUAGUAUGUCUGCUUCGGUUAACUUUACAAUAAGAAAUGGAAUGAUUGAGUUAGAAGAAAAUCAAAAUGGAUACGAAUUAAGUCAUUCUCCUGCUUGUCCCAUUAAAUUAAGCUCAGAAUCAAAUCCUUCUAUCACUAAUAAUAAUAAUAAUGAACAAAUAAAUGAAAAAAUAAGUGUGGCUACCUCUGUAGUUAUUGAAUCAUCUGAUUCUCAUGUUUUACUGACUAAAAGGGCACAACACAUGAGAACAUCUCCAAAUGUAUGGGUUACACCUGGAGGGCACAUAGAAAACAAUGAAUCAGUUUAUAGUGCAGGUAUUCGAGAAGUACAAGAAGAAACUGGGCUUGACAUAAGCAAUGGGAAAAUUUCAGUUUUAGGCCUUUGGGAAAAUGUUUAUCCUCUACUUUUGGGAAUUGGAUCUCCUAAAAACCAUAACUUAGUUGUUUACACUCAUGUUCUUUUAGAUGAAAACCAUAAAGAGUUGACAAACAAAAUAAAACCAGAUAUAAAUGAGGUAGAUUCAUUUUGCUGGCUUCACGGUUCAGUUAUAUUGCAAAUGACAAAAACAAAAAGCAUUUUUAAAUCAUUUGGAAAGCAAUAUUCUAUUAAUAAUGAAAAAAUUGUAGAAAAAAAUGUUCAAUAUGACCAAAUGUUUAAUGCCUGGCUUUGGACCAGAUCGCAACCUUAUUCCGGUGUACUUUAUUGCUUGAGAAAAUGGUUAAAAGAAAAAUAUAAAGACAGGGUAUCGAAAUUCUGA